UUGGUGGGAAUCAUUAUCUUUUCAAAAGUCCAUUUGGGAAUGCCUGCCAAGAUUCCCAUCCGCCAUCUUUGGUCGGUGGGAAAUAUGGGCGCACCGACUCCUAGUACACACUCUUUUCCCUUCAUACUUCGAUCGUUCCUUCUCCACAUUUCCUCCUCCAACAAGCAACUCUCGGAUUCUAAGAAGUCCAUCCGACCCCCUUCGAACUCUCAAGGAAAGAUCAAUAUCUCGGAGAGCAAGAUGCCGAGGCUUUGGAUCCGAAACGAAAGAUCGAAGCGUUGGAAGAGGAGAAAUCCGAACUCGUCUAUAAAAAUGAAGAACAGAGCAAGAAAAUCAUGCUACUGAUGGAACGAAUCGAAGAAUUCAAGAAAAACCAGGCCGAGAUGGAAGAACGGUUGCAAUCGCUGCAGCAAGAGAACGUUUGCUUCGAAGAAGACAAGAAGAUGCUGAAAAUGGUCACUGCUCGUGUGCAGGAUCUCGAAAACGAAAUCAACUGUUUGCAGCGCGAACUCGGCGCGUCGAGGGCGGAGUGCGAGGUAGCUGCAGAAACGCUUCAGCGGAUGAAAACCUCCUUUGAAGAGGUGGAAAAGAGCAAUCGGGAGAGGGGUCUGAAGAUCCGGAGUCUCGAGGAGGAGAAUGCUUUUCUGAAUGGACAGAUAGAGAGAUUGACGGCAGAGACCGAAUUGGAAAUCCGCAAACUGCAACAAGAAGCGAAUACUGAGGUAUUGGAGGCUGAGAUAUUGGAGAAGGAGAUGGAAAUCCGUAGGUUGAAGAAGUAUUUGGACGAAUCAAAGGGGAAGAAAUCGGAACUGGAAGGGAAGAUGGAGAAAUUGGAGCUGGAGAAGGUAUUAAAAGGAGAAGGAAGAGAGUACCGCUGUAACAAAUGGCGUGGAUUGAAGCUCCCAUGGCCCUUGGCGGCAUCAGCUGGGACAGUUGCUGCAGCGGCCAUGAUCUAUCUAAAGUGUGCCCAACAGAGGAGCUCUUAAAGAGAAUCCUUUUUUUUUUCCCUAGGGUUAGGGUUUCUUCCUCUCUUUGUUAUAUUCUUCCUAGACGUUCCAUUUUCCGAAGGUUCGUAUCUUCAAGAGUUUCCACUCACAUACACUAACACAGAGGUAGAAGUAUCCAGAUUUUCUUAGUUUUGCUUGCCUUCGCUUGGUUCUUUGCCGGACUUGAAAUUUUACCUGUGAUGGUGAAGGAAAAUUUUCUAAUUUUA